AUGUCAUCAAGACCUGAUCUAAAGUUUUCUGAUAUUGCAGAGGAGCGAGGAUUCUACAAGAGGUUUUUACAACUUCCUCAAAGGAGUCAGAAUACUAUUAGAUUAGUUGACAAAUCCGAUUAUUACAUUGUGGUUGGUGAUGAUGCGUUAUUUGUGGCAGAUCAAGUAUACCAUACAUCAUCAGUAUUGAAAGAUUGCAAGAUCGAUCCUAGCACACUUCGCCAAUUUGAUUUACAGGAACCAUUGAAAUAUGUGACCAUGUCUAUUCAAAUAGUGGGCAAUCUUUUGAAGACAUCACUAUUGGAACUAGGCAAAAAGAUCGAAAUCUACGAUAGAAACUGGAAACUUUUGAAAACAGCUUCACCAGGUAACCUCGAACAAGUAGAUGAUUUAAUAGUAGGGUCAGUGGAAACGAACAUCGUUUUAGCAAGUUUGAAAUUAAAUUUUAAUGGUACUGCUGCAUCAAAUUAUUGCACAAUUGGUGUUUCAUUUGUUGACAACACGAACUACAGAAUUGGGUUAUUUGAUCUACUAGACAACGAGGUUUUCUCUAACUUAGAAAGUUGUUUAAUUCAACUUGGUAUAAAGGAAUGUCUAAUUCCAGAUUUGCGUGAUAAUCCUAGUAUGGCAAAUGAUUUAAAGAAGAUAUUGAGCGUCAUUGAUCGCUGUUCUUGUGUCGCAUCCUUUGUUAAGCCUAGCGACUUUAACGGAAAAGACGUUGAAGCCGAUUUAGCAAAGCUUUGCGGUGAUGAAUUAUCCUUAUCAGUGUCAAAGUUUUCUGCAAACUGUCUAGGUGCAUGUAGUGUCUUAUUGAACUACCUAAACAUAAUGAAUAACGAGGCCAACGUUGGAAACUUUGAAGUUGUGGAUCACUCUCUUUCGCAAUUUGUAAAGUUAGAUGCUUCUGCAAUCAAAGCACUAAAUGUGUUCCCCACAGGCUCACAGGGUAAUACUGCUCUUUUAAGCGUCGGCUCUCCUCAAAAAUGUUCAAGUCUUUUCCAGUUGUUGAAUAGAUGUAAAACUAAUUCCGGCGUAAGGUUGUUGAACGAGUGGCUGAAGCAACCCUUGACCGACAUCGACCAGAUUACCAAAAGGCAUGAUCUAGUUGAAUUUUUCAUGGAUCAGUUAGAAUUAAGAUCUUCUCUACAAGAAGAAUGCUUACCUAGUGUUCCAGAUAUCCGCAGACUAACAAAGAAACUUCAAAAAAAUGGGAACUUAGAAGAUGUUCUCAAGAUUUAUCAGUUUGCACAAAUGGUUCCAGUUAUUUCAGAUCUGUUGAAACAGAAGACCGAAGAGGUUGAUUCUAAUGAUUUAAUGAUACUCGUGAAAGAGGUUUUACUCGAUCCAAUGUUAGAAAAUGCAAAUCCUCUUGAGAAAUUGAAAGAGUUGGUAGAGACCACUGUUGAUCUAGAAGCUUACGAGGAAACAAAUGAAUUCAUGAUCAAAGUCGAAUUUAAUGAACAAUUAUCUAUCAUUAGAACUCAUCUUGAUGAAUUAAAAGAUGCUAUAAGAACAAUACACUUAGACACUGCUGAUGAUUUGGGCUUCGAUCCAGAAAAGAAAUUGAAACUAGAAAACCACCAUUUACAUGGAUGGUGUAUGCGAUUAACACGUAAUGAUGCAAAGGCCCUACGUCAACAUAAGAAAUACAUUGAGUUGUCCACUGUAAAGGCUGGUAUAUUCUUUUCAACAAAAGAACUAAAAAAUAUUGCCGAAGAGACCUCAGAACUACAAAAAAAAUAUGAACAACAGCAAGCAUCGUUAGUCAAAGAAAUUGUUUCGAUUACUCUAAGCUAUACACCGGUUUUAGAGAAGCUUUCUGUUGUAACUGCUCAACUAGACAUUCUUUGUUCAUUCGCGCAAGUAUCUUCAUAUGCGCCAAUUCCCUAUGUUCGUCCGAAGAUGUAUCCAUUGAACGAUCAAAACAGAACAACAGAACUUAUAGCAUCUCGCCAUCCCAUUGUAGAGAUGCAAGACGAUGUUACCUUCAUUUCAAAUGAUGUAAAAUUAGUACAGGGUGAUUCUGAAUUCAUAGUCAUUACUGGUCCUAAUAUGGGUGGUAAAUCCACUUACAUCAGGCAGAUUGGUGUAAUAUGUCUAAUGGCUCAAAUUGGAUGCUUUGUUCCAUGCGACGAGGCAAAAAUUGCUGCUGUUGAUGCCAUACUAUGCCGUGUUGGAGCUGGUGAUUCUCAAUUGAAGGGUGUCUCCACCUUCAUGAUGGAAAUGUUAGAAACAGCGUCAAUAUUGAAGAAUGCCACUCACAACUCACUAGUUAUCGUUGAUGAAUUAGGACGUGGUACAAGCACAUAUGAUGGUUUUGGACUAGCAUGGUCUAUUUCCGAACACAUUGCCACCAACAUCAAUUGUUUCACAUUGUUUGCUACACAUUUCCAUGAACUCACGACGUUGGCUGACAAGCUAGACAAUGUUUCUAACAUGCACGUCGUUGCUCAUAUCGAGGAUAAUGGAUCUCAUAAUUCUGAUGAUAUAACGCUACUAUACAAAGUCGAGGCUGGUAGUUCAGACCAGUCCUUCGGUAUACAUGUCGCCGAAGUGGUCCAAUUCCCAAGCAAAAUUGUUAAUAUGGCCAAACGUAAGGCUGCCGAAUUAGAAGAUUUGAAGAAAGAUAAUGAUUCUCUCAAAAAGGCAAAGCUUUCACCUGAGGAUAUAGUGCUGGGAACAGAAUCACUCAAGAAGUCGUUAAAAGUCUGGUGCAAAGAGUUGAAAAAGAAUAACCUUAUUGAUAGGCUAGAUGACCCGUCCGUACAAGAAGAAUGUGUCGAUAAAUUAAAACAGCAAAUUGACAAUUUGGCACGAGAAGAAGAUACGACAUCUCUGUUUGUAGAUUGGGUUCGUGACACACUAUUAUGA